GUAGGGUAGCAGAGGUUGAAAUAACUCACCUAGCAGAAAACUAUCCCAGAGCGCCUUCAGACGACUACUUUGGAGAGCUCAUCCCAUCCCUUUCGCGCACACAAAGGCGCCAUCCCGGCCACUUCCCAUCCUACAAGGCAGACACCCGGUGACUAUCGCUCUUCCACCUAGGGCUCAGUGUCCUGGCUCAGCUCCCUACAACUGCCACGGUUGCAGAUCUAACAACCGUAAGAAGCGGGAUGUGAGGAAUCCCCGAAAGGUUCCGAGCGCAGGGACUCUUGCAAAGCAAAGGACGUGGGCUUCUAACACAUUGAGUAUUAGAAAAAGAAUACUGUGCAGGGGACCUGUGAAGUCAAGGCUUCUAGAAGGGGCACCUGUUUUUGCUCCGCAGGGCAGAUGAUCCCUCUCUAACUUAGGUCCCCUUGAUUUUCCACCUGAGCCCAAGGUGCGAUAUACCGCAGCAUCGGACACUGGGCUCGAAUCUGCAGGCUUGGGGUCAGAGAGAGGGGUUCCGCUACCAAGAAGCGCGCGCCUCUACUUUCACCCUAUGCGCCAACUCAGAGUAACAUUUCCCAUUUUAAAUUAAAAUUCAAAGAGCGGGCACAGCGGAAUCUUCUGGAAAGGGGCGAAGAUGAACUCAGGAGGCGGGGGUCGAUGUGGAAAGAGCAGAUGGAUUAUUUUUUUUCCUCUUCUGACGAAUGAGGAGCGCCCCCAGCUACCCCUCCUCACGGACCCCCCGCCCAAGCGCGCAUGCGCACUUGGGCAGCGGGCAGAUACUUAAGGCGCGGCCACCGCGGUUGCGGCAGUGCGCCCAACAGCGGACUCCGAGAGGCCAGCGGACCUCGGAACCAGCAGCACUCGCUCUCAACCACCCACCCACCAGUCUCGGAACCAUGGCGGCAGUGGCGGCAGCGUCGGCUGAAUUGCUCAUCAUCGGCUGGUACAUUUUCCGCGUGCUGCUGCAGGUGUUCCUGGAAUGCUGCAUUUACUGGGUAGGAUUCGCUUUUCGAAAUCCUCCAGGGACACAGCCCAUUGCGAGAAGUGAGGUGUUCAGGUACUCCCUGCAGAAGCUGGCAUACACGGUGUCGAGAACCGGACGGCACGUGCUGGGAGAGCGCCGCCAGCGGGCCCCCAACUGAGGCUCCAGCCCGCUCCCCUGGGCGGCCGCGUCACCAGGUGCUCCUGUGCCAUUCCACCAGCACGGGAGCCAGCGCCGCGCAGGAAUGGGGCGUCCCCUGUGCCCUCUCGCCAGAGGAGCACUUGCCAAGGUCAGUGAGGGGCUGGUAGGCCCCCGGAGAAGCAGCACCGACAAUGACGACAACACGAGAUCCCUUCCCCACCCCUUUGCACCCCUCCCACUGCGGGUGGCCUAGAGGGAGGAGGGGGGCUCAGAGGGAGCAGACUCUUGAGAUCUGGGCACAGGCAACGCAUUCAGAUCUGGACCAAGUCGGGACAGCGCCAUCCCAGCCCCGCAGCCAUGGCCAUGCCAACAGGCCGCACCACAGAGAUCCAGACAACUACACCAGCCAGCAGAAUGGACAUUCCAACAUCACCAGCCGAAGCCCUGAAUCUCGGUGCAGCAGACCAGACGAGCAGCAACUCUGUGCCUGUGUGGCAGGACUGGAGGGCAGAGGGUGAGGGGAGAGGGUUAAGAAGCAGAGCAGGGCCCUCACUGUCCUUUGCCUAAGGCAUGUGCAUUCCAGCCUUGCUGCCUUUGCUCCCUCGAUUCCCCUUUCUUCCUCACUGCCACCCCAAAGAAAUGUGUCACUCAAUUUGGACCUACUGAACAAGAAAACGAAUCCCAUCUUUAUCAAAACACCUUCUCCAAGCCCCCAGCCCCUCACUGAUCUUGAAUCCCCCAGGUCUCAUGCAAUUGUGGUCAAUAUUGUGGUAAUCGCUAAUUGUAAUAAUUGUAUAAUUGUGCAUUAGUUGUGUCUCCCCGGCUAGAUUGUAAGCUCCUGGAGGACAGGGACCGCCUCUACUAAAAAUAAAAAAGUACCUCCCCUGUCUCGCACAGUGUCCCAGGACCCUGCGGGGCGGUGGAGGCGCACCAAAAA